UGUAGUUGAGCUGUUCUGUGCUGUGUCUCUGUAUUCAUGAAGUAAAAUGGCGGAAGCCAUAAUUUCUCAGGAUGAGUUCAUGUGUCCAGUGUGUCUGGAUCUCCUGAAGGAUCCAGUGACCAUCCAGUGUGGACACAGUUACUGUAAGAACUGUAUUGAAGGUUGCUGGGAUCAGGAGGAUCAGAGAGUCUACAGCUGUCCUCAGUGCAGAGAGACCUUUAGCCCAAAACCUGCUUUACGGAAAAACGCCAUUCUGGCUGAACUGGUGGAGAAACUGAAGAAGACCAGACUCUCUGAUGACUGUUACGCUGGAGCUGGAGAUGUGCAGUGUGACGUCUGUACUGGAACAAAACACAAAGCUGUCAAGUCCUGUCUGGUGUGUCUGAACUCUUAUUGUUUGAAUCACCUCGAACAACACGAGAGUUGGUUUAAAGGAAAGAGACACAAUUUGACUGAAGCCACUGGACGACUGCAGGAGAUGAUCUGCCAGAAACAUGAGAAGCUCCUUGAAGUUUUCUGUCGCACUGACCAGAAAUGUAUUUGUGUGCUGUGUACGAUGGAUGGACAUAAAAAUCACAACACUGUAUCAGCUGCAGCACAGAGGACAGAGAUACAGAAGCAGCUGAAGGAGACGCAGAAGACGCUCCAGCAGAGAAUCCAGCAGAGAGAGAAAGAUCUCCAGCAGCUGAGAGAGACUGUGGAGUCUCAUAAGCGCUCUGCACAGACAGCAGUGGAGGACAGUGAGAGGAUCUUUACUGAGCUCAUCCGCUCCAUUGAGAGAAGCCGCUCUGAGCUGAUACGACUGAUCAGAGAUCAGGAAAAGACUGCAGUGAGUCGAGCUGAAGAACGACUUGAGCGACUGGAGCAGGAGAUCAAUGAUCUGAGGAGGAGAGACGCUGAGCUGGAGCAGCUUUCACACACACAGGAUCACAUCCAGUUCCUGCAGGUAACACACAUCUAGAAGAACAGGAUCAUAGUGGACUUGAGCAGAUCCUGCUGUGACAGAGACUCACAGAGAAACAGUUCAUGAGUGUGUUAUUAUAUAAUCAUCAGUCAGACUC